UCGUCUUCUCGCGAAAGCCAUCCCUUCCCGCCGAGCCGCACCUUGGUAACCUUGCCGCCGUCCCAAUCAAACCGCCAUGGCGCCAUCCCAUUCCCUCAAGACUGCUACCUCGCGCGCGUCCUGCAGCCUCGGCCAUUCAAGCCACGGCGAGCUGCCGGGGGCGACUAGCUAAGCUUAAGACUGCUACCUCCGCGCGCGCCGGCCAUGUCCACGGGCGCUGGCGGCGGCGUGCGCCGGCGGCGGCGGACGUGGCGCCUGUACUGGUGCUACGUGUGCGGCCGCGCGGUGCGCGCCGUGUCGUACCCGACCUCGGACGUCUUCUGCCCGCGCUGCUUCGGCCGCUUCCUCCACGAGAUCGACCUGCCGGCGCCGCGGCCCGUGCUCCCACCGCCGGACCGGUUCUUCCAGCCGCCGUUCCUCACGCACGACGGCCCCCGGCGGUGGGUCGUAUACACCGGCGACGCCACGGCCGACGCCGUCGCGCCGCUCCCCCGCCGCCGCGGCCGACGGCGCGUCCCGUCCCCGCCGCCGUCCCCCGCGACGCGGCUCCCGGACGACGACUACGCCCCCGUCGACGCGCCGCCGCCGCCGCCUCCGACCGUGGUCGGCUGGGACGAGUUCCUCAUCGGGCCCAACCUGGACGCCCUCAUCGAGCGCCUCACGCAGGACGACCGCCCCGGGCCGGCGCCCGCGCCGGAGUCGUCCAUCGAGUCCCUCCCCACGGUGCGGGUCUCGCCGGCGCACCUGUCCGACGGCCCGCAGUGCCCCGUGUGCAAGGAGGAGUUCGAGCUCGGGGAGGCCGCGCGCGAGCUGCCGUGCAAGCACGCGUACCACACCGACUGCAUCGUGCCGUGGCUCCGGCUCCACAACUCGUGCCCGGUGUGCCGGCAGGAGCUGCCGGAGCAGGCGGACGGGUCCCGGGAGGGCAUCGGCGAAGAAGGAAGUGGCGGGGCGGAGGCGGCGGCGCCGCCGCCGGGGCAGGUGGUGGUGGCCGGAUGGGGGCCGCUGGCACGCGCGCCGGACGGGGACGCUUGGGAGAGGAGUGAGGCGGAUGACAGUGACUACGUCGCCGGGGGUGGUGCCUGUGCGGCGGCUGUCCUGCAGUCUUUCGUCGUCGUCGCCGCUUGCUUUGUCGCCCUCUCGUUCUUUGUUUGAGACUGAGAUAGUGAGAUGCGUCAGCCCAUGGAUCAGGAACAGAGCGAACACGAUGUCAAUUGGCAACAGGACCACGGUCCCCCCAACUGAAUACAUGAUGAAAGAUUGAUAUA